CGAAAGACUGGCCCGAGGACGACGUUUUAGCGCGAAAAACAAAUCAUUAAGCAAAAACAAACGGGGACGUGAACAAAAUGUCAUUUAGGGAAGUUCGUGAAAUUAUAGCCUACUCUUAUGCUGAUGAAAUUAUCUCAAACGAUGAAUUUGUGUUACUGUACGAUUAUUUUCACUCGAAAAAUCCAGAUUUCACCUACGAAGACACCCCCAAGUUCGAUUUCGACGAGUUGUUGGAGGCUGAAAGCAAGGCUAAUUUUCGUGUGGAAAAAAAAGAUUUACAUUCAUUAGCUAAUGCUCUGCAGAUUCCUCCCUCGUUUAAGAUGUACCAGCGAAGUAUUGCUGAUGGUAUGGAGGGCUUGUGUAUGCUGAUGAAGCGAUUCGCCUAUCCUUGCAGGUACGGGGAUAUGAUAACCUUAUUCGGAAGACCUGUUCCCGAAAUAUGCAUGAUUACAAAUCAUGUGUUAAACUACAUCUACGAAACUCAUCACCACCGCAUAACUGAAUGGAACAACGGCCUUCUGAGCCCUGACCUCUUAGAAGUUUAUGCAACAUCCAUUCAUCAAAAAGGUGCCCCGUUACAAAACUGUUUCGGGUUCAUUGAUGGAACAGUCCGUCCGAUCUGCAGGCCUAGACAAAACCAGAGGCUGGUUUAUAAUGGGCACAAGAAAGUACAUUCCCUGAAAUUUCAGUCUGUUGUUGUUCCAAAUGGUAUGAUUGCAAACCUUUAUGGACCUGUAGAGGGGAAAAGACAUGAUGCUGGUAUGUUGGCUGAGUCAGGACUGCUGCAGACCUUAGAGGCAGAAGCUUUCUCAACAAGGGGAGAUCCAAUGUGCUUGUAUGGGGAUCCAGCAUAUCCCUUAAGGGUGCACCUACAGGCACCAUUUCGACAAGGAAAUCUAACCAACCAAAUGCAGAUGUUCAACACCAACAUGAGCGCCACAAGAGUAUCUGUCGAAUGGUUGUUCGGUGACAUAAUAAAUUAUUUUAAAUUCCUAGAUUUUAAAAAAAAUCUAAAAAUUGGUUUGAGUAGCGUUGGUAAGAUGUAUGUUGUUUGUUCCCUUCUUCGAAAUGCAUUGACCUGCAUGUAUGGCAACCAAACAGCUGAGUACUUUGGCUUGGAACCACCUACUCUGGAGGAAUACUUUGCUGUGAAUUAAGAACCAUAAACAGAAGAGUUUAACAAACUUGUAUUUAUUACAUUUGAACUGC